CUUCCACCUCUGUCAUAUCAAUUCCUGACACUACUACCAAAAGCAGGAACCGCUUCUUCUUUUUUUUGGGUAACCAAGGCCACCAGAUCUCUCAGUAUGAGGAGGAAUUGUAACUUGGAACUUCGCCUUUUUCCCUACUCUUCCUCUCUUCCUUCCAUCGACUCCGAUCACGGCCAUCCCAUGAUGGAAGAGAAUAAUGGAAGCCCUCAACAGAAACACCUAGAGCAGCAGCAGCAACAGCAGCAGCAGCAACAACAGCAACCGCUGACCAUCUUUUACAAUGGAAAGAUUUGCGUUUCUGAUGUUACAGAGUUUCAGGCUAGAGCUAUUCUAUUGUUUGCCAAUAAAGAAAUAGAGGAAAGAAUGAGAACAACUCCAACUGGGUCGAGCCCCACUUCACCAAGCUGCCAGCAAUCUCAGCUAUAUAGCCCCACUGCUGGUUUUUCUAUGAAGAGGUCACUGCAGCAGUUUCUCCAGAAGCGAAAGCAUCGCAACCACCAGGCAACAUCACCUUACCAUCAUGAUCAUUAGCCAAUCAAUUAAUACAUCAUCUACAUCUCUGAUCUCUCUCUCUCUCUCUCUCUCUCUCUCUCUCUCUCUCUCUCUCUACAUAUAUAUAAUUGACAUUGAUCGAGUAGUUUAUAUAAUUACGUGCGUAUUGAAGAUCAAUGGAGAGAUGAUCGAUCUUUUAGAAUUUGAUAUAGAAUUAAUCCUAGCUAGCUAGCUAGUUAUGUUGUGUAUAUAUAAUUAUUAUUAUUUUGUUGAGUUUUGAACAUGGAUAUAUAAAGUUUUGAUGAUCUUGGUUUUUUUUCAA